AUGGACGUUGGCACAAUAGUCAUUCUGAACUGUUCAAAGCCGGUUAGUUCUCCAUUAUACAUCACUACCGCUCCAUGCAUCACGGGGUUGUAUUCAUCUACUACAUCAUUUAAUUGGAGCUCGUAUGCUCUGAUCAAUCCAAUAGCAUCGGAUGUUAGGGACUUUUGUACCAUUAGCAGCUGGACGUGGGUUCAGUGGCCGAUGGAGAUUAACAGCUUUAACUAUGAGCUAAUCCAUAACAUCAUGGCCGAUGGAUUUGUUAUCGGCUUUGACAUAUUUUCGGUGAAGAGAACUUUCUUCUGCUUCUUUGAUGUCUAUAGCAUCUACAGAGGCCAGGCUUGCGGAUCCAAGUACUACUACGGCGGUGUCUUGAAUGAUAUUGUAAUUUGGAUAAUUGGAGCUAUUAUUGUACUCCUAGGCUCGAAACAAGCUCUUGUUUAUGAUCUCAUGUCAAAUGGAUCUUUGGAUAAGCACAUUUUCGCUGAUAAAAGUGAUAAAUUUCUUGAUUACCAGAAGAUAUAUGAAAUAGCUCUUGGGGUGGCGAGGGGGAUUGAAUACUUACAUCAGGGCUGUGACAUGCAAAUAUUACACUUUGAUAUCAAGCCUCAUAACAUUCUUUUAGACAAGAAUUUCACUCCAAAAGUUUCUGACUUUGGACUUGCAAAACUUUAUCCGACUAAUCAUAGCAUAGUCUCAUUGACUGCUGCACGAGGAACCUUGGGAUACAUGGCGCCUGAGUUAUUAUACAAAAACAUCGGUCGUGUAUCUUAUAAAGCAGACGUCCUAUAG